CCAACAAACCAUAUAAAACCUGCCUUGAAGUGUCCCAUCUACCAGAGACACUCUGCUUGCAGCUGCAGCCGUUCAGACAGGAAGAACUGAACCUUUCUUUACACUGGGGAAGACCUUUAGACCGAGAAAGGUGGCAAAGAUAAAGGGGCAAAAGUCACACUUGGAAGAGAAUGGAAAAACGGCUACAGGAGACCUCGAGGGUGUGGCUGAUUAGAUUGUGGAUGUGAAUGAAACCAUAUGCCAUAGAUGGAUCCACAUGAAGGAGUGUCUUGGCUGGAUUGAUAGUAAAUGAAUGAUAGUUUUGGAAAAAUGAAAGUAAUUUUAGCCUGUUCAAGUUUCAUUUUCUCUCUUUGCAUCUCUGUAGUGCUCAAACUUUACCAAAACUUCCUGGAGUGUCCCAUUUAUAGAGACAUUCUAACUGUAGCUGCAGCUGUAAGAGAGGGAGAACAGGGCGUUUGGAGCUUGAAAGGUGCUCACUCGCCAAGAUGCUCAUAAAUGUGAAAGACAUGAUGGAACUGCUGUGCCUAGUAUCUGAGGUGAGGAAGAUGAAGGCUGCCGUCAAGCAAUCUGGAUAUGGUGCAUUUCUAGCAGGAACGGGGGCUUUGCUCGGAGCCUUAACGGGUGGCCUUGUUGGAAUCGCUCUAGGAGGUGCCAUUGGAGGUGUGCUUGGUGCCGGCAUGUCUGCUGGGAAAUUUAAACCUGUCCCGCAAAUUAUUAUGGAACUGUCUCCUCGGCAGCAGCAGCAGCUUUGUAAUAAGGUCCAUGCCAUCACUAGGCAUCUGGACUGGACAGAUAUGGCAGCAAUCACUGCCCUGGUCAUGACAAAUGGAAGCAUCCAAGACCAGGUGCUGGGGGUUCUAGGAAAGUUCUUCACUAACACGAUUGGAGCUGAAAUCCGGUAUGGAAAAUAGGAAGGAACUUUUCCUUCCAGUGAUGUGGGCAUGUAACACAAAGGAACGCCAACGCCUGCAGAUUAUUUAGCCUUCCUUAGCAUUGCUCUCUGGCAGUUUUAUUCUCUUUUGGUACUGCCCUCUUUUGAUUUGUAAAGCAGAAUAAAGAUAGUGUGUUCUGGAUCACAAUAUGCUGUUUUACACGCAGAGCAAAGAAGCAAGCAAAACUGUUUUUAUAUUUUUGGAUUCAAAUAAAUCAGUUUCUCCUGAACCUUUGCAUCUGUUCUGCUCUUCAGAAUGCCUUUGCAGGACAGGUAUGGCUUAAUGAAUCAAGGACAAGUUGGGUUCCAACCCCCGCUCAGCCAUAAAACUCACAGCUGAUGUUAGGACAGUCCAAUGUUCACAUCCUGGCUCACUUCGCAGCGCUGUCGUAAGGAUAGAGUGUAGACAGGAAGAGAACUCUGUACUUUGCUUUGAGCUCACUGAGAAUUUAAGGCACGACUCUCAGUCUAAGGUCCAAUCUUCCUCUUCUCUCAUUCCUUGGGUGUCUCAACUGGAAGAUCUCUUGCUCAGCAGGAAAGAAAACUAUUGUCAGCCAAAAUGGAGAGGACAGGCCAGUGAUAUGUCCCUGAAACAGACUAAACAUUUUAGUUAAAACAUUUCAAAACAUGUUCCGCUAAUGGAUGCCAGACACAAUGAUCCAGCAUCUUGGAAAGUUGGUUUUUGGGGUAAGAAUUCCCAGAAUUCCUCAGCCAUUUAUAACCAUGUACAGCCAUAACAAAGUCAUCAUGAUAAAACCAAAGAAACAGUGAAUACAUUCAAAUGGGAUAAUGUGAAAUACAUGGAUAAUAAGUGUUGAUCUGGUACCAACUGUAUCUCUG